AUGAGUGACUUUUAUGAGGACAUUUCCUCCGACGAGGAAGAGAUGCAUUACCAUGAGACGGCGCAGCCACUCGUUACGGACUCUUCUCAGGACUUGGACAUAAUCUCAGUGAAUUCGGAAGACUUGCCGGAAAUAAAUGACACUUUUGUUAGUGAAAUUCUGGGCGACAUAGAAGAGGAAGAAACGUGUGCGCGACCAACAGAAGAAUCUCUCGAGUCACCAGACGUGAGCGAAGCCGCGAACUCGUCAUCAGAGGACAGUGAUAUGUAUGACAUGGACGAUAACAACAAUCGCGUAAGUGUCGAGACGUCAACCAUAUGCCUGGUGAUGAAGAAGACGAUUCGGACUAAUCCUGACGGUUCCGAGGAGAUUAAUCGCGAAUCUCAAAUUAUCUACUCAGAGAACGUGAAUCCAGAGGAAGUAGACUUUCGUGAUCUUGCCGAGGAGAUUCUGAAUGAGGUUCCGCGACACCUAGCGCCGAGUGCGAGUAGUAAUGGGAGAUUUGUCCUUGUGAUACAUGUAACAAACUGGAGGCCAUACUGA